GAAUGGGGAGGACGCGAAUGGACCUCGCGCGGUAGGCGAGCGCAGCCUGGUCGCUACGUGCGGCGCCCGGGGCAGGUGGAAGGAGGGACUGCGGGGCCACUGCGCCUUCCCCCCACGCGCUGGGUUGGUGCUCGGCCGGUGGCUGCGGUAAAAGCGCCGGAGAGAAACAGGAGGUUGGGCGGGAUUCGCCCUGCCCGGCUGCAGCUCCCAGAAGUGCGGACCGUCGGAGGUCUCGAGGGUCGUUCUUGUGCUGCGACAGCGGCUGGCGGUGGAGCAGAGCAGCAGGGCACUUUGAAAUUGCCUAAACGUUACUGAGGAAAGUGUCUGCCAACAAUUGAAGGGAAGUUACUGCCUUCUAGCCGAAAUUCUUAACGAUGCCAGCUUUAUCAACUGGAUCUAGUGGAGAUGCAGGUCUGUAUGAGCUUCUGGCUUCAUUGCCAGCCCAGCUGCAGCCACAUAUGGACAACCAAGAAGACAUGACCUUCCUCUGGGAUAUGUUUGGUGAAAAAAGCCUUCAUUCUCUGGUAAAGAUUCAUGAGAAAUUGCAUCACUACGAAAAACAGAGCCCUGUGCCCAUGUUACAUGGUGCAUCAGCUUUGGCAGAUGAUCUGGCUGAAGAGCUGCAGAAUAAUCCAUUAAACAACGAGAUCAGAGAACUCUUGCAGCUGCUAUCCAAGCCCAAUCUCAAGGCUUUGCUUUCUGUGCAUGAUAUUGUUGCUGAGAAAAGCUAUGAUCCUGUAUUGCCUCCCAUGCCUGACAAUAUUGAUAAUGAAGAAGAUUCUGUGAAAAUCAUCAGGCUCGUAAAAAAUAGAGAACCUCUGGGAGCUACUAUUAAAAGGGAUGAAAACACAGGAGCUGUUAUUGUGGCUCGGAUAAUGCGUGGGGGAGCGGCAGAUCGAAGUGGUCUCAUUCAUGUAGGUGACGAGCUAAAGGAAGUCAAUGGAAUUUCAGUGGAGGAUAAAAAACCAGAAGAAAUUAUACAAAUUCUAUCUCUGUCCCAAGGAGCCAUUACAUUUAAGAUUAUACCCAGUAUCAAAGAAGAAAACUCAUCAAAAGAAGGCAAGAUCUUUAUGAAAGCUCUUUUUGACUAUAACCCCAAUGAAGAUAAAGCAAUACCCUGCAAAGAAGCUGGACUUCCUUUCCGAAAAGGUGAUAUUCUUCAGAUCAUGACCCAAGAUGAUGCAACUUGGUGGCAAGCCAAGCUGGAAAGUGAUGUCAAUCCCAGAGCAGGCUUAGUUCCUUCAAAGCACUUCCAGGAAAGGAGACUUGCUUUAAGAAGAUCAGAUGUACAGUUUCGGCCCUUGAAGAUUUCAAAUAAGAAAUCAUCUGGUUUUAGGAGAAGUUUUCGCCUAAGCAGAAAGGAUAAAAAAACAAACAAGACAAUGUAUGAGUGCAAGAAGAGUGAUCAAUAUGAUACUGCAGAUGUCCCUACCUAUGAAGAAGUAGCAAAAUAUAGGAGGCAACCAAAUGAAAAAUACAGACUUAUUGUCUUAGUCGGUCCUGUUGGUGUAGGACUGAAUGAACUAAAACGGAAAUUGUUAAUCAGUGACACUCACCAUUAUGGUGUAACAGUUCCACACACAACAAGACCUCGAAGAAGCCAAGAAAGUGAUGGUGUUGAAUACACUUUUAUUUCCAAGCACUUGUUCGAGACAGAUAUACAGAAUAACAAAUUUAUUGAAUAUGGGGAAUAUAAAAAUAAUUUCUAUGGUACCAGCAUUGACUCAGUUAGAGCUGUUCUGGCAAAAAAUAAAGUUUGUUUAUUAGAUGUACAGCCUCAUACAGUGAAGCAUCUAAGGACUUUGGAAUUCAAACCAUUUGUGAUAUUUAUAAAACCUCCAUCAAUUGAGCGUUUAAGAGAGACACGAAAAAAUGCCAAAAUAAUUUCAAGCAAGGAUGAAAAAGGUGCUGCCAAGCCUUUUCAAGAAGAAGAUUUUCAAGAAAUGAUUAAAUCUGCCCAGAUCAUGGAAAGUCAAUACGCCCAUCUUUUUGACAAAGUUGUAGUGAAUGAUGAUCUUACCACAGCAUACAAUGAAUUGAAAACAAUUUUUGACAAACUGGAGAGAGAAACAUUUUGGGUCCCAGUCAGUUGGGUGCAUUCAUAAUGCUGCACAAACGUCUUCAUGGUAGUUAGCUGGGUCUAAGAGGAUAUAUUGUUGCUGAGGUCUUUUUCUAGUUAUGACAUGUUAGAUGAACAUUGCAGGAGACGGUUGAUCUUAUUUUUAAUUUGUUGAUAAUACAGUUUUCUAGGCAGCAGAACAAAGUAAAGCCUUAUUUUUAUUUAAUUGUUUUUUAAAUUGUUUUCUUGUGUUUUUUUAAAAAGCAUCCUCAACUACUAUAAUACCAUCUUUCAUAAAUAAUUUGCACUCUCCAUGACAUUUCCUUUAAGCUUAGAUUUAAGAGAAGAUCUUAAGAUUCAAGAUUUCUGUUAGUACUAUAUGUGAUUUUGGUUAGCACUUGAGAAUAUAUUAUAACUGGAGCAUUUAUUUUUUAAGAAUAUAAGUGUCCAUUUAGUACUGAUCUACAAUGUAAAAUGCAAAUUGCUCCUUUAUAUUCAUCUUGACAUUGGGGUAAAUUUAAGUUACUUUGGAGGAAAAAUUAACUAUUGAACUUUCUUUUCAAUAAGAAAUAUGUCAUCUUUUACAUCCUAAGUAUUUGUAUAUUGUCUUGUUGGAUUUAAGACAAUGGGAUUUUCAUUUAAAUCAAACUUGAAAUUGUUUGAAUAAUUCUUAUAUAAGAAUAAAAUAAUGUGGUGGAGGAGCCUUUGUAAUUGAGUUGGUUGUAUACAUAUAUUUAUGUAAAUACUUUAUUAAUUUAAAUAUAUAUCUUUCUAAAACUGCCUUUGAGAAGAACUAAGCAACUCCGUUUCAGUGUGAAAAACCUGUAAAUCAUUCCCAUUUUACACAUGUCAUGGGUAAUUAAUACUUAAAUCUGUAUUCUGCCCAAUGAAGAAAGAAACUUUAAAAUUUUCUGUUGACACCAAAUGAUUUACUGGAUGAGGAGAAAUACAUGUUAUGUGUCAGUGAAUUUGUCUUACCAAGAGCAUGUGAUGAUUAUGCAUCAUAACCUUAGCAGGCAAAAAGGAGGCUCACUUAUUUUAUGCUAACAUAUAAAGGAUUAGCGUCAUAUACAAAGGAAUUUAGGAAUGUAUAGAUAUAUAUACAUAUUUAUGACAAAAGAUCUAAAUAGAUUUUUUAAAUAUUUCUUGAUGCAAUUUAUUAAACAAAUCCAUGAGUCUUUGUGAUUUGAACACUGACUUGACAGUUCAACAUUCCAUGUAAAUAUUUUUGUUUAGGUAGAGAAAACUCACCAGGCCUUUGCCAAAGUAGUAUAAAUAGGUGGUUGCAUUUAUAUUUUCAAAUUAUAUUACACACAGGAAGUGCCAACAAUUACAAUGUAGUCUUGGAAAUAUAAAGUAGUUUGACACAUCUGUAAUUUGGCACCGAACAUAUGCAAUGUACUCUUCAGUGUCUCAGGCUUUCUCGUACUUUGUGAAUUAAAUACGGUUUUCAAUACCAUUUCAUUUGCAUGAAAAUACUGACCAGAAUUAAAGGUAGUCCUUAACUUAAGACCAAAAUUUGAACCAGAAGUUUGGUCCCUUAGCGAUGCAGUUUUUAAGAAAGGUGUCACGUAACUGAAUAUGGUUAUAUCGCCAUUGUUACCUCAAUUGUUAAGCAAACCAUGUGAUUAUUAAGUGAAUCAUGCAGUCAUUAGGCAAAUCUGGCUUCUCCAAUCGAUAUUGCUUAAUUGGAAGGUCCCAAAACAAUCAUGUGACCAGAAAAACUGCAGCUGUUGUAAAGGCAAGCCAGUGGCCAAGGGGCCAAAUUUGAAUCACAUAACUCUGACGGUUGUGACAGUUGCAACUUUGAAGACAAAGCAAACUGAAUGACUUUUGGUCAAUUGCUCUCUCACACACCAACUCACCUCACAGAGUGGUUUUUGGGAAAAUAGGAAGAGGAAGAAGUAGUACAUACAUUUGCUGCCUUCAAUUAUUUAAAAUAACAAAGGUGGAAUAUAAAUAAAAUAAAUACAUUGUAAAUCACUUUUUCCAAGGCUGUUGUAAUUUCAGGCUGUCAUUAAAGGGACAUUUGUAAGUGGAGGACUACUUAUCUUAUUUCAGCUAAAAUGUUCCAUUUCAAUUUUCUUGAUUACAUCAUUAUGGUUCUCCUAACUGUUAGGUCCUAAAUGUCUUUGAUUAGGAGUGGAUACAACAAUAUCCAGAGUGCUGAAGUGCCUGGUACCUGCCAAUGUCUACAUUCUGAAUAUAAGAUAAUCCAAAGUGGUUCUUUAGAAAUAGAUUUUUCUUUUUGGAUAUAACAUGAAAGGCUAUUCUUAAAAUGUUUUUUUGCUGAGAGUAAGUAUUUGGCCUAUUACUAUAAAAUAUUGUCAUAGCCCAGAGAAUGAAUCUCUAGACACAUAAACUAUAUCAACAAUUGUGUUCAUACUAGUGAUAGUGAAAAUUAUUAAUCUGUACAAAGGGAUUCAUUUGUUCUCUAUUUUGUAGGGGAAAUUAACAUCUUGGUAGCUUGGAUGGAGUGGCCCAAGUUUGUUGGUGGCUUUGAUGCUUAUUUUAAUGAUAAAGUAAUUGCCUUAGUUCAAGAGCACAUGUGUCUAUGGAGCUUCUUGUAAAGGAAGAGUUGGGAGGGAGAAUUUAAGCACUGGAAUCCUCUAUGCAUGCACAUCUGGACAGUGAUGCUUUGGAUCAUAUAUUUACAGCAUCCAGAGGUUUGAAUAAAUGACGGAGACAAUAAAGUCAGUUUUGCUAACUAUGAAAUUGACUAUUUUACAAGACUCGGCAAAUUGUAUUGCAUGGUUCUUGAUCAUUGUUUUUUUAUAUACUAAAUACUAAAUACAAAUACCUGUAUUGUAUUUUUGCUGUUUUGUCAUUGUAAAACAAGUUUUAUACUGCUGGAUUCAGAGCAAUACUUGAAGUUGUCAUCGAUUUCAUUUAAACUGAUAAUGUGCCUGACAUACAACUCUUUCACCAGAAAACAAUAAAUUAUUGAUACAAGUUUA